AUGGGCCAGCUGCUCCUGCUGCCGCUGGUCCUGCUGCCGCUGCAGUGCCUGGAGGCCAAGAGGAAGGAGACCAUCCGGGUCUUCGUGGUGCCGCACAGCCACAUGGACGUGGCCUGGGGUCAGGAGAACAUGCUCACAUACGUGUCCAGCGUCUACACAUCCGUGGUGGGGGCGCUGAUGCAGGCCAAGAAGCGCCGGUUCAUCAUCGUGGAGCAGGAGUAUUUCCGGAUGUGGUGGGACAGAGUGGCCUCAGAGCAGCAGAAGCAUCAGGUCCGUCAGCUCCUGAACCAGGGACGCCUGGAGUUUGUCACAGGAGGCCAGGUGAUGCACGACGAGGCAGUGACACACGUGGAUGACCAGAUCCUACAGCUCACAGAAGGACACGCGUUUCUCUACAAGACAUUCGGCGUCCGGCCGCAGUUCUCCUGGCAGGUCAACUCGUUUGGCGCCUCUGCCACGACCCCCACCCUCUUUUCUCUGGCGGGCUUCCAGGCCCACGUCAUCUCCCGCAUCGACUAUGACCUGAAGGCGGACAUGCAGAAGACCAAGAGCCUGCAGUUCGUGUGGCGAGGGUCCCGCUCCCUGGAGCUGCAGAAGCAGGAAAUCUUCACACACGUCCUGGACCAGUUCAGCUACUGCUCGUGAGUGGUUCUGCCGGCCCCACUGUCCUGCAGGUCGGGGUUCCAAUGGGAAGGCCUUGCCACGUUCCCAGGCUCAUCACCUGAUGGAAAAUACCCUGAGAUGGACCCACCCGUCACUCCUCACAACAUCGAAACCUACGUGGAAGAGCUGGUCCUGGACUCGAAGCACCGGGCUCACUGGUUCAAGACUCAGAAGUUGCUUUGGCCCUGGGGCUGUGACAAGCAGUUCUUCAAUGCCUCGCUGCAGUUCGACAACAUGGACCUUCUGGUGAAAUACUUCAAGAGGAACGAGUCGCAGCUGGGAGUCUCCGUGCAGUACGCCACCCUCAGGGAGUACUUCAGCGCCCUUCAUGCUCUCAACAUCACCUGGAAAACGCGUGCACACGAAGACUUCCUCCCCUAUUCCUCAGGGGAGUUUCAGGCCUGGACGGGCUACUACGCCUCUCGCAGUGGGCUCAAGGCCCUGGCCAGGCGGGCCAGUACCCUGCUGUACGCCGCGGAGUCCAUGUUCGCGCGGCACCUGUGGCCGGAGCAUGACACGGCCGUGAACACCUCCUGGGCCCUGCAGCAGCUGCAGCAGCUCCGCUGGGCCGUGUCCGAGGUCCAGCACCACAAUGGAAUCUCCGGGACUGGGAGCAACAGGAUGAGAGACAUGUACGUGGAGCACCUGGCUGCGGGCAUGGAGAGCGUGCACCGGCUGAUGGCCUCCAUCGUCAGCGGGAGUGGACAGAAAUCACUGCCGGUGUGUGUGGGUCUCGGUGCAGAUGCAGAUCCUGUCGGACUCAGCGCGGUCAUCUACAACCCCCUGGCCUGGGACCUCACCACUAUCGUCGCCCUGACCGUGGAUGACCCCACGCUCAGAGUCACUGAUGGGCUGGGCAGGUCUCUGCCCCUGCAGUUGCAGAAAUCAAAGACGAUACCAAACAAAUAUGACCUGUAUAUGUUGGUCACCAUCCCAGGACUGAGUUACCAGCAAUACAUCAUCUGGCAGAGCCAGGGCAAACAGGACACUUUCAUCAAUGUAUCGGAGCCAAGUUAUUUUGGCCGGAGGAGAAGAAUUUCCAUGGUGUCAGAUGAAAAGCACCUCACGUCGGUGCAGAAUGACUGCUACACCGUCUUCCUGGACCAGGACACCAAUCUGCUGCACAGCAUUCUGGAGAGAGGGAGUAACAGGACAGUCCCCAUGAAGCAAGAGUUCCUGGAGUACCACAGCAGCGGCAACGUGUUUGAAGGUCCCGUCUCGGAUAACUAUCUGUUCCUGCCCACUGAGGCAGCCGUGCAAGCCUGGGGAGCCGUGGCCCUGGAGGUCGUGGACGGGCAGCUCAUGACUGAGAUCCGGCAGUAUUUCUACAGAGACGAGAUGGAUGCCUCCUACACCUACGCCAUCUUUUCCCGGCUGGUGCACGUGUCGCGGGAAGCCAAGGGGGAGCUGCUGUGCCAUCGGAUAGAGCAGGAGCUCAGAGUGGGCCCCUUGCAGGUCAACCGAGAGGCCAUCCUGAGGACCAGCACCAGCCUGAAUACUGGCCGCCACCUCUACUCUGACGGUAACGGCUACCAGAUGCAGAGCCGGCCCUACAGAGACCACGCCAACAACAGCAUCGCUCGGAAUUACUACCCCAUGGUGCAGUCGGCCUUCAUCCAGGAUAACCAGAGCCGUCUGGUGGUGCUGUCCGAUCAGGCACACGGCGUGUCCAGCCAGGACAAUGGGCAGGUCGAGGUCAUGCUGCAUCGCCGCCUGUGGAAUGUAGACCAAGGGAAGCAUUCGCUCAACCUCACGCUGGCCGACGACUCAGUGGUCAGCCCUGUGUUCUGGCUCCUGUUGGGCCCCCUGCCGCUGACCACAGCCCUGCGCCAUCAGAGCGGACUGGCACUGCAGCACAGGCCUGUCGUGCUGCUGAGAGAACUGAGGGAGUUCCCCCACAGUGUCCCGGGACGCGGGGGCCAGCACGCCGUGACGCUGCCCCCCAGCCUCCACCUGCAGCUCCUGAGCGUCCCCGGCUGGACCUACAGCGCCAACCAUACGGAGCAUCUGCGGAGCAUCAAGGGAGGUCACCAGGCACAGGCCAAGGCCGACCUUCACCGCGUCCUGCUGCGUCUCCAGCACCUGUAUGAGGUCGGGGAGCACCCGGUGCUGUCUCAGCCCGUGACGGUGAACCUGAAGGUCCUGCUGCGCGGGCUGGGCUCGGUGGAGACGGUGGAGGAGCGCUCCCUCACAGGCACCUGGGCCGCGGGCGCCCUGCAGCGCUGGCGCUGGAAGACUCCCCAUCUGCGUCAUAAAGAAGGUUUGGGGGCCGUGGUGUACCAGCACUGA